AUGUUCACUACACUUCGAUGGUCGGUUUGGGGCCAGCAGAUUUGGGCCCUCGCAGGUGCCGUUGCUGCACUUACUACGAUGGCGAUCCUCCUCGGCAAAUUCAACAAUCGCCCCAUUUUCAACCAGAUGGGAUUCACGAUCAAUGCCGUUAUAUCUGUUCUUUCAGUCACUGUCAAAGCUGCUGUAGCUUUCGUUCUCUCGGAAUGUAUGGCUCAAUGGAAGUGGAUUCUGUACGCUAGGGAAGACAGGCUCAUGAUCGAUUUCGAUCGACUCGACGGGGCUGCACGUGGUCCUUUGGGCAGCCUGAGGGUGCUGUCGAGAACGAAAGGAGCGUCUAUUGCCCAAUUUGGGGCUGUCCUGACCAUAGUUGCCCUCGCCCUAGAUCCUUUUGCCCAGCAGCUACUUAGACUUCGCGAAGCUAUCGUGUACGACAAAUCAAACAACGACACCUCGGCACUUAUUUCACGAGCAGCAGAGUACUCCUUGGGCGUUGCACACACGGAGAAGACUCAUUUCACCAAUUUGACUUGGGAUUGGGAACGCAAUGCAUCUACCACAACAGCAGAAUUCGAGUUCUGGAAUAUCACUACUAGCAUUCCACCCUCAAUGGAAGGGGUAAUCAUGAGUGGCUUUUACAAAUCGCCGGAAGAAUUGCAACGGGAAACUCUUUUCCGGUGCUCCUCAGGAAACUGCACCUUCGAGCCAUUCGUAACCCUUGGUGUAUGCCAUAGAUGCACAGAUCUCUCCGUCAAUCUCACCCGAAUGCCCGGUAACUACGACGAAUUGCUGAACACAAUCAAGCCAUAUCAUACUGCUAAUACACCUGGGAUCAUCGUCAACGGGUCAACCAUGUACGCCACUGGAUUCAGCCUUCCCAACGGCCACUACAUCGCCAGCACCGAAGGCUGCCAACCUUACCACCGCCAAAAGUAUAGCAGUGAAUCAUAUACUACUACAUCUUUCGGUACCGGGAAUCCAAAUAAGACAGUCACCAUGACGGACAUUGACACUCUAUUAUGGUCUAUGAGUAUUAUAUACGCAGAUAUCAAGGCGUUGAAUGCGUCUGGAGCGUUGAAGGAUUUAGAUCCGUGGUCGGAAGAACCUCAACCGCCUGAGGUGACUUGGCCAAACGUGUCACUGAAGGCGUUAGAGUGCGGCCUCUACUACUGCGCCAAACGCAUCACCUCAAAGGUCGAAAAUGGUCGCCUAGAAGAAACCGUCGCAGAAAUUGCUAAUACUAAGCGCCGUCUUGAGGGCAUGGAAAAUGCUGUCGACUUCAACGGCGCAUCGUUUGGACCAGUCAAGUCCCUCUAUGCCGCAGCCCAGCCACCGGCGUUGAACAGGCUGGUGUCACUUAGCCGGUCCGACUUUGCGGGCGUCUCCGCAGUCUUUGAAUCCAUGGCUAUGAGCAUGACGAAUGAGAUCAGGCGAACCCACGAGGACGCCGACGUCGCUCGCAAUGGAAUGAACACCAUGACCUAUGAAGGGCUGGUGGGCAGCACUGUUGUGUUGUACGAGGUCAAGUGGCAGUGGAUAGCAUUGCAUGUUACUGUACUGACAUUGGCCUGCACGUUGAUGUUGAUGACGAUCAUCAACACAGGAAGCAACGUAGAUGUGCCGUUGUGGAAGAGUAGCUCACUGGCGGCCCUUCGGCAUGGAAACGACAUCGGCGGGUUGCUAAAGGAGUCUGGCAAGUCUGUGGCCGACAUGGAGGACGCAGCGAGGAAGAUGUACAUGAGUGGACGCCGCAUUGACGUCGAGGAGACUAAGUAUGAGGGAAAGCAGUAUUCAAAUCUCGUGGAGAGCAAGAGAGCCUCGCAAAUCGAUCUGGGUGAGGGAUUAGCUGAGGCGUCGACAACAGAUACUGUUGAAGAGCGGUUUGAACCCCCAAGACCAGCGUCGUUCCAUGACCAAGGGUCGGAGAUGGCUCCCAGAACAUAUUCCCACACAUUCUAG